GAACAGACGGAGUACGAGUACGUGCGAGCCGUCUCCGACACUCUCCGUUGUGCCCGAUGCGCAGGCGUGCUCGAGAAUCCGGUACAGGCGUCAUGCGGUGACCGUUACCAUCAUGACUGCUUCAAGUCGUUGAUCAAGUAAGCUCCAUGCUCAACACUCGCACAGAGUGGCAAAUCUCGUAUUUGAUCACUGUGCAUUGAACACUAUCACUGUGUUCAACUAUCCUGUGCUUUGGGAUUUUUCAUCUUUCCUAAUGAUUUGUAUUUCUAAUUAUGAAAGCAGAGGAUAGCACAGGGGUCGACAUCUAGUUGACAAUGUAUGCGACUUGCCUCUCUGACGACACUGGAAGUCACCUGGGAUUCGAAAACUACUCCAGACCAAAGGGACUUCUGGGAGUCGGAAGAGAACUGUCUGUGCCCUAAAUGCGGGGCUGGAAUUGAACAGAAAAAGUGUUGGAGGGACGUGUUUGCAGACAGGGAACUCGAGCAACUCGAAGUCUUCUGUCCGUGUCGAAAAAAGGGUUGCCAAUGGAUUGGCUACAGACAGUCAGUCGAGGAGCAUCUCAAGGAAUGUGAAUCCGUGAUGUUGUCUUGUACUAACGUAGGCUGUUAUGCUGAAAUUGCGAGAUCAGAUCUUGACAACCAUGUGAAGACUUUGUGUGAAUACCGAUCUAUUGAGUGUCCACACUGUGGAGCAAACUACACGCUCAUCGAUGAAGCCCAUCAAGAAGUUUGUCUCAAGUACCCUAUUCCCUGUCCAAACCAAUGCAACAAUGAUCUCAGAAUUCCUCGAGAUAAGAUGGACGACCAUGUGGCUGCUUGUGCCAACAGGAAAAGCGAUUGUGUCAUUGCUGGAUGUCCCUUUAAUGGAAGUGAGAAAGAAGUUGCCGAUCAUAUGACUUCUCAUGUCGUUGAUCAUGUCAGUGAUCUCAGCAAAGAGGUGAAAUCGACUCGAUCUGCUCUCGACGAUCUAGACAGUCAUGUCAAGGAAACUGUUCAAGAUCAAAGUCAUUCCAUUCAAGCCAACAAAGAAGCUGUCAAUCAGUUGGAGGAAAGACUGGUGAAUGCUGAAAAUAAGGUAACCGAUCUGGCUGCUAACCAACGAUUAAUGCAACACAAGACACUGGAAGCUUGCUAUCAAUCUGUUGACAACGUGGAGAAGGAGUAUCAAAGCAAGGUGGCUGGCAUAGAUCAACACCUCAGACUUCUGACAGAAAAAUGCAUCAGAUUUGAAGAAAUUGCAGUGAUGCAAGCAGAAAGCAUAAGAAGAUUAGAAGAAGAACUUGCUCGAUACAAGAAUUAUGGCGGAUGCAGUCAGUCGGUAGAGCAGCAGUUUGAUGCUCAAGGUCGAGUCAUGGCAACUCAUGAUGUCAAACUUGCAGAGCACGGUCUCAGGUUGGACAUGAUGGAUUGCAAGAACACAAACGGUGUGCUCCUGUGGAAGAUCACUGACAUCAGACGACGCAGGAGAGAUGCUGUGAGUGGUAAGACACCAUCGAUAUACUCACAGCCAUUCUACACGUCUCCGUGUGGUUACAAGAUGUGCGCUCGAAUGUAUCUCAAUGGCGAUGGCAUGGGGCGUGGUACACAUCUGUCGCUGUUCUUUGUUAUCAUGAGAGGAGAAUACGAUUGUUUACUAUCGUGGCCAUUCACACAAAAGGUCACUCUUAUUCUCGUCGAUCAGGAUGGCAGAGACCACAUAUCCGAUACAUUCAGACCUGAUCCCACAUCGUCAUCCUUUCAGAGGCCAAGACGUGACAUGAACGUGGCAAGUGGAUGUCCACUCUUUGUUCCGUUGGGCACACUAGACACCAGAGGUUACAUCAGAGAUGAUGCAAUGUUUAUAAAAAUUGUAGUUGAUUCUGCUGACAUUAGCCGUCCAGAUGCAAGAUGACUUCACAAUUUUAUUAUAGAGAGAUGCAACAAUAGAUAUAGACUGACAAUAGUAGACUGUAUAUUGAAACAAAUAGUUUUUACAAAGGAUUUUUAUAGAAAACCUAUUGUUUGUAAUACAUUUGUCAGUGACGUUACGUGCUAAUAACGCACGUGUCUGGCAUUUGUUUGACUAAAA